AUGUCGGACGAUUUGAGCGCGUUUUUCGCAAAGAAAAAGGACAAGAAGAAGAAGAAUGUGGUGAAGAUGGAGGAUGUUGGACACAUACUGGAACUGAAAGUCAAAAGACAGGAAGAAAGCGAUCAGCUUCAAGCAGAUGCGGACGCUCGUGCCGUCGAAGAAGGCGAAUAUCAAGUUCGCACUCGCGGUAAUAACAAUACCGGUGGUAAUCAAAGUUCUGAAGAAAGUGAAUGGAUCGACUAUACUGAUACCAAUCAGGGAAGAUUGGAAGGCCUCAAAAUCAAAGAUAUGGGUGCCGAUAGCGGCGACGUAGCCGAGGAAGAGCAAAUUGAUGAUGAAGACCAAAAAGCGCAUACGGAAUCUGUGAGAACAUGGGGACAGAUUGAGAAGAAAGAAGAAGAAGAAGAUCAUCAAAACGAUGAUCACUUUGCAAAUUUGAAGCAAAAGACUGCUUACGUAAUUCCUUCUCAGAGGCACUCAGGUAUGCGCGGAGGCGGUCAGAAAGUGGACAUUUCAAACAAUGAGAUGUUCCCAUCACUUGCUGAUGCUAGCAAGAUUGAAAAGGACAAGAAAGAAGAUGCAAAAUCUGGAGGAUGGUGGGAAUUGGUUUAUUCCGUGGAAUAUGUCAUUACA